AUGCCACAGUUAUUAAAAAUAAUUAAAAUUGUUUUGUGUGCCCUUUUCACAUUUCAAUGGAAAUUAGUACAUUCUUUUAACUCUUUCCACACAUGCAAAAAAUCAUACAGUACAAAAAUAAUUAAUAAAGUCAUAUAUGUUGAUAGGCAAUUACGCCGUACUUGCUUAUAUACAACUAUUCCAAAAAAGGUUACAUCCUUUUGCAACAGAAAAAAGAAGAUAAAAUGCUUACCUCAUAGUAAGGAAGAAGAGGGAGAUGAAUUGGGAAUUGAACUGGAAAAUUUUGUUAAGGAGCUAGAGGAGGGGAAAUAUGGUGAUGACUCUCUAAAGCUAUACAGGGAGGUAGAGAGAAAUAGCUUAGAGAAGGAAGAAAAGGAAUCACAGACAAUGAAUGAAAAUGAUGAACAGAUCAAUGUACACAAUGUAGAAGAUAUAAUUAAUAAUACAGAUUCUAAUUUAAAGAAUACUAUCAAAAGGGCAUUUUACAACACAGAGAUAAAUGAACAUGAUAAUGAAGAUGUAAAAAAAGAAUAUAAUAUGAUGAAAAAAAUUGAAAAAACUUUUGAUGAAUUUGAUGAUAUAAAUUAUCCAGAAGAUAAAUUAAAUAUGAAAAAUAUUUUUGAAAAAAUUAAUUCAAUGAAAGAUGAAAAGAAUCCUGAAACUCCAUUUAAGGAUACUGCCAAGACGUUGAUGAAGUACAAGGGACUCCUGCACAUGCCUUUUGAGCGGUGUAGGCUGUUAAAUGAUGGCCAAUUCGACUGGAGAGAAUCGUUAGAUCAUCUUGAAUUAAAUAUUCCUAUUUUUGAAGAAACGGACAUCAAAGACAUCUUUUUUCAGUUUGGAAAUGAUUAUAUAAAGUUGGAAGUUCUUAGGAAUAAUAACAAAAUUCUUAUGUUAAAUAAUAAGUUAUGUGGGAAGAUAAAUUAUGGGGAAGCAUACUGGGUUAUAGCUGGAGAUUAUAAAAAUAGUAAAAAACAUAUCAACUUAGUUAUCCCCAAAAUGGGUGCCUUUAAAUACAUAUGGGAAAAAUUGCUGCAGGAUGGAGAACGGGCAGAAUCAAUGAUUUUCUCUACUGAUCCGAAAUAA